UAGCCAAUGGCAAGCAGUGCAGAGUGACGUGUUGGUCAGUCGGUAUCUGGUAGCCAGAGAAUCAAGCAGAGUGAGAGCUCUUCAUGAUUUAUAAGGAAGUGCUUGUCUGCGCAAGCACGUUCGAACGUUCCUGUGCGUCACGACUGCGCGGCCAUUGCGCCAUUAAUACGUUAUAUACGCUUCCUUUCCGUCACUUUACACAUAUUUUGCAGCUUGAAAUGUCGCCCAAACAAUACUUGUAUUUAUCUUGUAAUGUUGCAUUAGAUACUGACAACAUUAAGAACACUGCGUACCAAUCACCUCGCCCCCGACGUCCGAAAAGAACUACAACUCCCAACAGCCCCCGCGAUGAGGAAGCGUUUCCCUCGGCUUCGGACGUUUUCAACUGAAAUAGGUUUUUGUGUCGAGGCAGAAGAUCUGCUCCAACACAAAAGACGCGGCGUGUUCGCAACUAUGCACCGAUUAGCAGUCUGCUUCAUCAAGUGACUUCCUUCCCCCGGUGAACCAUCAUGGGCCCUGGGGCAGCUGUUGCUCUGGUUUUUGUCGGAUGCUGUAGCAAUGUUGUGUCUCUGGAGCUGCUUGUAAGACAGUUUCCAGGAUGUGGCAACAUAGUCACCUUCGCUCAGUUUUUAUUCAUCGCGUUAGAAGGUUUCGUCUUUGAAACAAACUUCGGGAGGAAGAAACCAGCGAUCCCUAUCAGAAACUAUGUGAUCAUGGUGACCAUGUUCUUCACAGUCAGUGUGAUCAACAACUACGCUCUGAACUUCAACAUCGCCAUGCCGUUACACAUGAUCUUCAGAUCGGGAUCGCUCAUCGCAAACAUGGUUCUGGGAAUAAUCAUCCUGAAGAAAAGGUAUUCAGCAAGUAAAUAUCUGUCGAUAGCUUUAGUUUCAGCUGGUAUCUUCAUCUGCACCAUCAUGUCUGCCAAACAAGUGAAUGUGGCCAAUGAGGGAUCAGAAGAGGAGAGCUUUUAUGCCUUUGUGCGCUGGCUUAUAGGUAUCUGCAUGCUGACCUUUGCGCUGCUGAUGUCUGCGAGGAUGGGCAUCUUCCAGGAGACGUUGUACAAGCAAUACGGAAAACACUCCAAGGAAGCACUCUUCUAUAAUCACUGCCUGCCUCUGCCGGGCUUCCUGCUUCUCUCCACCGACAUCUACAGCCACUGUCUGCACUUCAGUCAGAGCACUCCUACAGUUGUUCCUGUGGUCGGACUCACUGUGCCGAUAAUGUGGCUCUACCUGCUGAUCAACGUCAUCACACAAUAUGUGUGCAUUCGCGGGGUUUUCAUCCUGACCACCGAGUGCGCCUCGUUGACCGUCACUCUGGUGGUGACGCUGAGAAAGUUCCUCAGCCUCAUCAUCUCCAUCAUGUACUUCCAGAACCCGUUCACCGGGUGGCACUGGGUGGGCACGGGGGUGGUGUUCUUGGGCACGCUGCUGUACACGGAGGUGUGGACCAGCGUGCGGGCGGCUCUCCGUGGACCCGACGUCGAGGAGAAGAAGGCGGAUUAAAGCGGAAAGAAGAGGAAAGGACUGAAAAAUAUACAGCAGUGCUUGUGGUUUAUCAAUUUGUUUUCAGAAAGAAUGGAGCUCUACAGAGAAACAACUUAUAUCAGGUGUUGGCUCCUUUAUAAAACACAAAACACAAAAAAAAAUGUUAAUGGAGUGAAUAUACAGGUGAAACUCGAUAAAUUAGAAUAUUGUGCAAAAGCUUAUUACUUUCAGUAAUUCAACUUAAAGUGUAAUGAGUAUAUAUUAGUUUCACCUUUUAAGUUAAAUUACUGAAAGUAAUGAGUUAGAAUAUCACCAUCACUAUUCUUUAAAUUCGUACAGUACUUCAUUAGCAUUUACAAAUGCAAAGUAAUGGUGCAAGCUCAAUACACAAAGUGAUAUCUUCUUAUGCCAUGAAUGUCUACGGAGUCAGGAUCAUUUAAAGAAUGAAUACACUGAGGGGUUAAUAUAUGGAGAUGUCAUUGCUGUAUUUCUUUUUCCUCGUGUCAAACUGACUCAGAUGUAUCAGGGCAUCAUUUAAGCAAUGAAAACCUCACAUUGUACAGGCCCGUACUUCUCUACACUCCCUGCCCGUUGAAAUUAAAAUGACAACUUCACUACAAAUAUAGAUUGUGCAGUCCAAUAACUUAAGCAUACAAAAAGUGCUGCUCAAGUACUGUGCAUAGCAUUUGUAUUUUUAGCUCCUUUAUUCUUCUACUUUACUACAUGGAAAUAUUUUACGUAUACUCCACUUUAUUCACAUAAAUGAUGUAUCUUCAUAGAUUAAAUAAAAUAAACAAAAAUUGCUGCA